UGUUCGUUUGUCCGUGAUAGGACGAGUCGCGACGACACGUCACCAAAACUUUCCAAUCAACUUUCGAGCGCGUUCUCAUUUCGCAUUAAAAAAAAACAAAGUUUCAGUUCAGUGUGUGUUUGUUUUUUGAAAUCAGAUUUUUUGUGAGUGAUUUUCGUGUUGAUGUGGUUGCAAGUGUGAAGAUGCGGAGCGCCGGGCAGGCGUUCUGGCUGCUCGCGCUGGUAGCAGCGGCAGCCGCGCAGACCGACACCAGGCACUUAUCAGGGCGCACGGGGCGCAUGAAGGCGCGCCUGCUGCAAGCCAAGUCGUUUCUAAAAAAGUUGCGCUACAAAGGGGACACAGUAUGCCCGAGCGGCAUGUUCCGGUGUCCCGAGGGCCGGUGCAUACCCGCGCUCUGGGUCUGCAACUACCAGCGCGACUGCGAGAAGGGCGAGGACGAGUUCCAGUCAUGCCCGCCACCGGAGUGCGAGGCUGGACAGUUGACGUGCGGCCAGUACGUGUGGAACAAAACGUAUUGUAUCCCGCCGCACUACCGCUGCGACAUGCACGUGGACUGCGUCGACGGCACCGACGAAGCGGAGUGCACGUACCGCAAAUGCCAGCCAGAUGACUUCAAGUGCGGCGUAGAGGGCGCGGGACCCGGCAAGGUCUCCUCACAGGGACCGUGUAUACCAAAGGAAAAAAGAUGUGACGGGUAUCUAGACUGUAGGACGGGCAAGGACGAGCAGAACUGCCCGGGCGAGUCGUUGGCGUGCCGGCUGGACCAGUUCCGCUGCGCGUCGGGCGACAAGUGCGUCGACACCUCCGCCAAGUGCGACCACCGCGACGACUGUGGUGACAACUCUGACGAAGCAAAUUGCAAUUUCCCUCCGUGCCACAUCGGUCAGUUCACGUGCAGCAACUACCUGUGCAUCCCGGCUACGUACCACUGCGACGGGUAUAAAGAUUGCACAGACGGGUCGGACGAGGCUAACUGCACGGCCAUCGCCUGUCCCGACAACAAGUACCUGUGCCCUAAAGGCGGCCCCGGAGGAACCCACAAGUGCAUAGCCAGGUCGCAGCUCUGCGACGGCAAAAAAGACUGUGAGGAUAAUGCUGACGAGGAGGCAGCUUGCUCGACGGCGUCGUGUCCGGCGCUGGAGUGCGAGUACAAGUGCGUGGCGUCGCCCAGCGGCGGCGCGUGCGCCUGCGCCGCGGGGCUGGCGCUGGCCGCGGACAACCGCUCCUGCACCGACCGCGACGAGUGCAAGGACUGGGGCUACUGCCACCAGCUGUGCGUCAACACGCCCGGGUCGUACAAGUGCGCGUGCGCGCCGGGCUACGCGCUGGUGGACGGCAAGCGCUGCGCGGCGGGCGCGGAGGCGGCGCCGCAGCUGCUGCUGGCGCACGAGCGCGCCGUGCUGCGCAUGGACCUGCACGGCCGCGCGCCCGCGCCGCUGGCCAACGCCACGCAGGCCGCGGGGCUCGACUUCCACUACAAGAAGAACCUGCUCUUCUGGUCCGAUCUCAAGACCAGGAAGAUUCACUCCCAGCAGCUGAGCGUGCCCGCCGGGCUGCCGAGCUACACGAGCAACGACAUUUCGAUCGCGGGCUCGUGGGCGCCGGUGGCGCUGGCCGUGGACUGGGUGGGCGACAAGCUGUACGUGGCGGACGCCGUGGGGCAGAAGAUCGACGUGUUCGAGCUGGACGGCCGUUGGCACGCCGUCGUGCUCGGCUCCAACCUCACCAACCCUGCAGACCUCGCGCUCGAUCCCACCCUCGGCCUCAUGUUCGUCGCCGACAGCAGCCAAAUCAUCAGGGCAAACAUGGACGGUACUCAUACAAAAUCCAUCGUCUCCGAAGCCGCCUACAAGGCGUCCGGCAUAGCCGUGGACAUUAUCGCUCGAAGAGUAUUUUGGUGCGAUUCGCUGCUUGACUACAUCGAAACUGUCGAUUACGAUGGCAAUCACAGGUUCUUGGUGUUGAGAGGACAGCAGGUCCCCAGUCCUUCGAGACUGGCCCUGUUCGAGGACCGGGUGUACUGGUCGGACAGCACCAAGCAAGGCAUCAGCUCCGUCAACAAGUACGAGGGUUCGACUAGCAUACAAGCCAUCUACAAAAUGAAGGACAUCAGAGAUCCCAAAGCCAUUACUGUGAUACACUCGCUGAAGCAGACUUCGGUGAACAACCCGUGCGGAAACAACAACGGCGGCUGCUCGCAGAUGUGCAUCGUGACCGCACUGCAGAACGGCGGGCUUGGCUAUCGCUGUGCAUGCAACAUCGGCUACCGCCUCGAGACCGAUCUCAGAAACUGUGAUCUAAUUAAGGAGUUCCUUAUGUAUUCCCAGCAGAGGUUUAUUAAAGGAAAAGUUCUGAACCCUGUCAUAGAAGGUUUCAGUGAUGCCAUAUUACCAGUAGUGUCGAGGCGGGCUAGGUUCGUAGGUUUGGAUUUCGACUCGCGGGACGAACAUAUAUAUUACUCAGAUGUUCUUCAAGACGUUAUCUACAGGGUGCACAGAAACGGCACCACGCGCGAAAUAGUGUUAGCGUCACAAAAUGAGGGAGUCGAGGGCUUAGCCGUCGACUGGGCUUCGAAAAACUUGUAUUAUAUCGAUUCUAGGAAAGGAACGUUAAACGUGUUAUCAACAAGGAAUAUAGCGUAUAAGAGAACGUUAUUAAAAGAUUUAAAGAGGCCCCGAGCUAUCGUCGUUCAUCCCAAUAAGGGAUACAUUUUCUUCUCGGAGUGGGAUCGUCCUGCAAAUAUCAGCAGAGCAAACACUGAUGGCAGUGGACUGCUUGUUUUUGAAAACGUUACUCUCGGUUGGCCGAACGGGCUUUCAAUAGACUUCGAGGCCGACAGAGUGUAUUGGUGUGACGCACUUCUGGACCACGUGCAACACGCCAAACUAGACGGUACCGAUGUAAAGACUGUCAACUCUAGGUUAAUAAGACAUCCGUUCUCUAUUGUUAUUCAUAAGGAAUUCAUGUAUAUCACCGACUGGAGACUGGAUGCCAUAGUGAGACUGCACAAGUUGACCGGAGAACAAGAAGACAUCAUGGUGAGGGAACCUCAGACCAACCGACUUUAUGGCGUCAAAGUCUAUAGCAACGAGGUGCAGAAGAUAGACCCGAUGCAGCCAUGUGCAAGAAACAAUGGAAACUGUCAAAAAUUAUGUUUUGCUGUACCGAGGAACAACACGGAGUUGUUGACGGUGAAAUGCGGAUGCCCUUACGGUGAAAAGUUGGGACCAGACGGCACGAGUUGUAUAGCGGAUCCAAGUUCUGAGCCUCCGGUACAGGCGUGCCCAAACUCAUGGGACUUCACCUGCAAUAACCAACGCUGCAUCCCGAAGAGCUGGGUCUGUGACGGCGACGACGAUUGUUUGGACAACAGCGACGAAGAACAAAAUUGUACAAAGACAACUUGCAGUGCAGCAGAGUUCAUGUGUAAGUCAGGCCGCUGUAUUCCCGCGACAUUCGUGUGUGACUCGGAAAAUGACUGCGGUGACUUCUCGGACGAGACCGGCUGUGUCAAUGUGACCUGCAGCUCCACACAAUUCCAGUGCGAUAAUGGCCGAUGUGUGCCUAACACGUGGAGAUGCGACUCGGAGAACGAUUGCGGUGAUGGUUCGGAUGAGGGAACUCAUUGUGCAGAAAAAACCUGCGCUUACUUCCAGUUUACAUGUCCGCGAACCGGACAUUGCAUACCGGCGUCGUGGGUGUGCGACGGAGAUGACGACUGCUUUGACAAACAAGAUGAAGCCGACUGUCCACCGGUCUCAUGUCUCGCUUCUCAGUUCAAGUGCGCUGACCUUAAGCAGUGUGUCCAGGAGGCGUACAAAUGCGACGGUAUCCCAGACUGCAACGACGGCAGUGACGAAGCGGGCUGCCCUUCCUUGGCGCCACAUCAAUGUCAGCCCGAUAAACAAUUCCAAUGCCGAUCUUCCGGCAUCUGUAUUCCCAAAACUUGGUAUUGUGACGGUACCCCCGACUGCGAAGACUUGUCAGACGAGCCGUCUACGUGCGGCGCGGUUCAAUGCGCGCAGAACUUCUUCCGGUGCACCAACGGCCGCUGCGUGUUCAAGGCGUACGUGUGCGACGGCAACGACGACUGCGGCGACGGCUCCGACGAAGGACUCGAACACGCUUGCAAACCUCCGCCGUUCCGGUGCCCGUCCGGCCAGUGGCAGUGCCCGGGAGUGACCGACCGCUGCGUCAACCUCACCCGGGUGUGCGACAACAACUACGACUGCCCCAACGGCGCGGACGAGGGUCCGGGCUGCGAGUCGGCCGAGUGCGCGCACCAGUCGGGGCUGUGCUCCAACGAGUGCCGCCAGACGCCCGGCGGGCCGCUGUGCCUGUGCCCCGCGGGCGAGCAGCUGCAGGCCGACGGGCUGACGUGCCGCGACGUGGACGAGUGCGACCCGCCCGGCGCCUGCUCGCAGCUCUGCACCAACGUCAAGAAGUCCUACCACUGCGGCUGCGUCGACGGCUACCGCCUGGGCGCCGACAAGCACUCCUGCAAGGCCGACAACCACUCCAGCGCCUUCCUCAUCAUCUCCAACCGCCACUCCAUCCUCGUCGCCGACCUCAACGAGCAGGGCCUCGAGCGAGUGCCCAUCAACGUGGAGAACGUCGUCGCCACCGCCUCCAACAUGCACACCGGAACCAUCUUCUGGUCCGACAUGAAACUGAAGAAGAUCUCCAGGCUGGACCGAGGCACCGAGCCGACCGUGAUCGUGUCCACGGGCCUGGACCUCGUCGAGGGCCUCGCCUACGACUGGGUGGGAGGAAACGUGUACUGGCUGGACAGCAAGCUGAACACCAUCGAGGUCGCCAAAGAGGACGGCAAGGCGCGCACGACGCUGCUGAGCGGGAACAUCACGCAGCCGCGAGGCAUGUGCCUGGACCCGGCGCCCUCCGCGCGCUGGCUCUUCUGGACCGACUGGGGAGAGAACCCGAGAAUCGAGCGCGUCGGGAUGGACGGCACGCAGCGGCUGGCCAUCAUCACCACCAAGAUCUAUUGGCCCAACGGUCUGACGCUCGACACGGCCACGCAGCGAGUGUACUUUGCCGACUCCAAGCUGGACUUUAUAGACUUCUGCAACUACAACGGCUCGGGACGGCAGCAGGUGCUGGCGGGAAGCCACUACCUGUUGCACCCGCAUUCUCUAACGCUGUUCGAAGACACGCUGUAUUGGACCGACCGGCAACUGAACCGCGUGCUGUCGGCGCACAAGUUCCGCGGCAUAAACCAGACCGUGGUGUCGCACCUUAUCUCCCAGCCGCUAUCCAUCCACGUGCACCACCCGUCGCUGCAGCCGCAAUACUCGAAUCCGUGCACUCCUAGCGCCUGCCAGCACCUCUGCUUGCUGAGUCCCAACGCUUCAAUUCCGUACUCAUGCCGUUGCAAGCCCGGAUUCAAGCUCAUGCCCGACGGCAAAUGUAUUGAAGAGGAAACCGCCUAUCUCAUGGUACUGAAGGGUACACAGAUCGUGGACUUGUCUCUGGAUGGGUCAGGAAGAUCUGGUCAACUUUCCCCCAUAGUCGGUAUUCAAGGUGCAGUACAACUCGAGUACGACCGCACGGGACAUUUAUUAUUCUGGCUACAAUCGAUUUCGGGCGACAACGACGAUGACGAAAACUGUACAGUGUACAGCAUGUACGGUGGCGAUGGAAUUCGUAAGGAGUUCCUUGGACAAGACACCGGCAUCGUCGGUGCACCUUCCGCGCUGGCCUUUGAUUGGCUUGGUAGAAACCUGUACAUGGCCAACCGUGUCGCCAGCAAUAUCGAGAUAGUCCGCGUCGACGGCAAAAUUAACUACAGAACCAUCAUCCUUGCCAACGACGGCAAGAAAACUUCCGUUGCGAAGCCGAGAGGCAUCUGCCUGGACCCCACUGAUGGAAAAAUUUACUGGUCUGAUGAAGGUGGCUAUGGAGUCCCAGCUAAGAUAGGUAAAGCAAACAUGGAUGGCUCCAAUGCAAUUAUUUUGGUGGACAACAUUGAGCGACCAGAAGGCAUUACGAUAGACGUCGAAAAAAAGGUCAUCUACUACAGUACGCAAUUUCCCGCCAGCGUGAGCAGCGUCAAUGCAGAUGGCAACGACCGCAAGACCGUCCUCUCUGAAGUAAAUGGCAUCUCCUACCCGAAAGUCAUUUCGGUGCUGGACUCACGCCUAUACGUUCUGGACCCCAGACAUGAAAAGAUUAUAAAAGCUGACUUGCCCAAUGGUGAUAACAUCAAAGUAAUCAUCGACAACGAAAGUGAUUUAAAGUCAAUGACAAUAUUCCAAAAGAGGAAAAUGAUGCAUCAUACGUGCCUCACCAACAACGGUGGUUGUGAACAGAUUUGUAUUCCUGGUGACAGUGGCUCCAGAGUGUGCGCUUGCUCUAUUGGCUACCGGAAGGAGAACGAAAUCAACUGUGUGCCAUAUAAGACAUUCGCCGUGGUGUCCCAACUAGACCUCAUCCGGGGCUACAGUUUGGACAACAGCGCCGAGGCGAUGGUCCCUGUCACGGGUCAGGGUCAUCACAUCCUCCACGUAGAUGUCCACUUCGCGGAUAACUACAUCUAUUGGGUUGAGUUUAACAGGGGUCAAUGGAACGGAAUAUUCCGUAUCAGACCGAACGGCACGGAGCUGCAGCACAUUGUCAAGGACGGCGUAGGCAGCAAUGGUAUUAGAGGUUUAGCUAUCGAUUGGGUUGCGGGUAAUCUAUAUUUCACAAAUGUAUUCCCACACGAGAACUACGUGGAAAUGUGCUGGCUGGAUGGGUCUCACCGAAAAGUGCUCGUGAAAACGACUAUGGACGCUCCACGUGAGCUCGCGGUCAAUCCUUUGAAGCGAUUGCUGUACUGGAUCGAUUAUGGGCAGUAUCCGCGUAUUGGAAAAGCCUAUUUAGACGGAAGCGAAUGGCAAACACUGGUUACAUCUGGAAUAUCAAAUCCCAGAGAUUUAACUAUUGAUAUGUUGACUCACGAUGUUUACUGGGUUGACUCAAAAUUGGACCAGAUUCAGAAGAUCUCGUAUAAUGGAGGCAACAGGCAGCUUAUUAGGUCGAACCUGCCUAAUCCUAUGGGAAUUGCCAUACAUACCACUAGCGUCUACUGGGUUGAUAGAAAUUUGCAAACCAUAUAUAAAGCAUCUAAAUUACCGGGAAACACGACAAUGCCAGAAAAAUUAAGAACAAAUCUACCCAAGCUCAGAGACAUCGUAAUUUUCGACAUCAACAACCAACCGACAGACGAAACCAAUCCGUGCAGAAAGCUGGGUAAUGGAGGCUGUGACCAGCUCUGCUUCAGUUAUCCGCCAGACUCAAAUAAAGGCGUUACGUACCGAUGCGACUGUGCCACUGGGCAAGUUUCCAGUUUCAAUCCUAAGAAAUGUGAUGUUCUAGUGGACGAAUAUCUUGUAUUUACAACAAGAACGGAAAUCCGUGCUAUUAAUCUAGAUCCUAAGUCUACUGGAGUGCCAUUCAAACCUAUCGGCAAUUUGACCAAUGUAGUAGGAGUUGAAUUUGACCAUGCGGACAACAGAUUGUUCUUCACUCAAAUCCGUCCUUGGCCGAAAAUCGCUUGGAUGCCGUCUAAUAAUCCCAGUUUUGCCAACAUAAAUAACAUCAUCAGUAAAGGUAUCAAUCCCGAGGGAAUUUCUUACGACUGGACACAGAAAAAGAUUUACUGGACCGACAGCUCUAAUAACUCUAUAUACGCCAUGAACCUCGAUGGAACUGAAUUAGUGAUGAUUGCACGAGUGGAACGACCUCGCGCCAUUGUUGUUGACCCCUGUAACGGUACUUUAUACUACACCGAUUGGGGUAGAUUUGGUACAUCUGGCAAAAUAUACAGAACGACGAUGGCUGGCUCGCUGAAGAAAGCGAUCAUAGACAAAGAUUUGUCUCAGCCCAGCGGUCUGACUAUUGAUUUUGAUGAAAACAUGCUUUACUGGACGGAUGCUGUUCGAGAAAAAAUUGAAAGAUCCAAACUUGACGGAUCAGACCGCGAAGUCCUGAUAUCUGCAACGAUUUAUCCCUUCGCUAUUACUGUCUAUGGAAAUUAUAUCUACUGGACGGACCUGCAACUACGGGGGGUAUACCGAGCUGAAAAGCACACAGGAGCUCAUAUGAUAGAAAUGGUCAAACGUCUGGAAGACUCACCGCGAGACAUUCACAUAUACAGUCGCAGCAGGCAGAAAUGUCAAGUGAACCCUUGCCAAAUCAACAAUGGUGGUUGUGCGCAGAGUUGUCACCCGGCACCAAAAAAUACAGUGGAGUGCAAAUGCGAUGAUAACACUAAGUUAGUCAAUGAGGGUAGGAUGUGUGUAGCUAAAAAUAUUACGUGCGAUCCGAGCAAAUUUGCUUGCGCCAACGGAAAGUGCAUCAGCAGAAUGUGGUCAUGCGACGGAGAUGAUGACUGCGGCGAUAAUUCCGAUGAAGAUAAAAACUAUUGUGCUUACCACUCUUGCUCUCCUAACGAGUUUCGCUGCAACAAUGGACGCUGUAUCUUUAAGUCAUGGAAGUGUGAUCACGAGAAUGACUGUAAGGACGGAUCGGACGAAGAAGGUUGUGUGUAUCCACCUUGCGCUGAAGGUGAAUUCACUUGCCUCAACUCACGCUGUAUACCUAUGACCCAAGUGUGUAACGGCAUCAACGACUGUAAAGAUAACGUUACAUCCGAUGAGACUCAUGAACGAUGUCCAAGGAACACAACGUGCCCAACAAAUCACCUCAAGUGCGAGAAGACAAAUAUUUGUGUCGAACCAUACUGGCUGUGUGACGGAGACAAUGAUUGCGGUGACAACUCCGACGAGGAUCCAUUACAUUGCGCGCAGAGGACAUGUCCGCAGAAUAGCUUCCGCUGCCCUAAUCACCGUUGCAUUCCUGCUACCUGGUACUGCGACGGUGAUGACGACUGCGGUGACGGAGCUGACGAACCACCAGAAUACUGUAAAUCGGAAGGUCGAACCUGCUUCGGUGACCUGUUUACUUGCGACAACGGCAACUGCAUUCCGAGAAUAUACAUUUGCGAUGGCGACAAUGAUUGCCUAGAUAACAGUGACGAGGAUGAUAGACAUCAGUGUAAUGAGCGCAAAUGUGACGCCGAGACCGAAUAUACGUGCGAGGAGAAUAAAUUCUGGGGUCGCGCGCAGUGCAUCCCGCGGAAGUGGCUGUGUGACGGUGACCCUGACUGUAUCGAUGGCGCUGACGAAAAUUCUACGUUACAUCAUUGUGCUACACCUACACCUUGUUCCGAAGAGCAAUUCCAGUGCAAUAAUGGACGUUGUAUCAAUCAGGGUUGGGUUUGCGAUCAUGACAAUGAUUGUGGCGAUGGAUCUGACGAGGGCAAACACUGCAAUACGCAAUACAAAACUUGCACGGAGAACGAGUUCAAAUGUCAGAACUUCAAAUGUAUCAGGAACCACUUCAGAUGCGAUGGCGAGGAUGACUGUGGCGACCACUCCGAUGAAGUUGGCUGUGUUAAGGAGAACAAAACUUGUCCCGCUGGGCAAUUCAAGUGUAAUAACGACCAGUGCAUCGAUAACAGACUAGUUUGUAAUAAAGUCUCCGAUUGCACUGACGACUCAGACGAACCUGCACAUUGUAACGUCGACGAGUGCGCCAAGUUAGAGAUUAACCAAUGUGGACAUAAAUGUAUCGACACAUUAACAGGUUAUUAUUGUGAUUGCAAUCAAGGCUACAAGCUGCUAGCGGACGGCAAAGCAUGCGCUGACAUAGACGAAUGUAUUGAAACACCGGGAGUGUGCUCACAGUACUGCUCAAAUACACCGGGCUCGUACUACUGUAAAUGUAAUGAACAGUAUUAUGAAAGGGAAGCCGAUGAACACACUUGCAAGAGGAAAGAUAAUACCACAGCUUGGGUAAUAUUUACUAAUAAGUACUACGUGAGAAACAUGUCCACUGAUGCGUCGCUUUACAACCUGGUCCAUCAGGACCUUAUGAACGUUGUGGCAAUUGAUUUCGAUAUCAAAGAGCAAAAGAUGUACUUCGCUGAUGUGUCUGCUAAAACAAUUUAUAGAUCUGAUUACGCCGAUCCCAAUCCAACGAAAGAAGUAGUUAUUAGACACGACUCACAUGGUCUAGAAGGCAUUGCCAUAGAUUGGGUCGGAAGAAAGCUAUACUGGCUCGACCGACAUUCCAAGAAUUUAGAUGUUUCCGAAUUAGAUGGUACAAGAAGAAAGACAUUGAAAACUGGCAUUGCUGACCCUAGAGCUAUUGUGGUUCACCCUGGUAUUGGGUAUUUAUAUUUCACGUCUUGGCACUUGCAAGCAUUCAUCGGUAAAAUGGGAAUGGAUGGUUCCAACUUUUCCACCAUACUGAAUUGGGAAGACGACAUUGCUUGGCCUAAUGCCUUGACUAUUGACUACUUUACCGACAGAAUUUACUGGGCUGAUGCUCAUCUGGACUACAUUGGAUCAGCCGAUCUCAAUGGAAAGCAUAGGCACGUUGUACUAUCAGGCACUAAGGUUCCCCACGUGUUUGCCAUUAGUUUAUUCGAUGAUGAAAUUUACUGGACCGAUUGGAACUUGAAGGCAAUAAGUAAAGCCAAUAAACAUUCGGGUGAAAACUUGACGAUUCUCAGAAAUACGACGCACCGUCCAUAUGAUAUCCAUGUAGUUCACCCACUGAGGCAACUGUCUUAUCCUAAUCCUUGCGGAACUAACAAUGGAGGAUGCUCACAUCUCUGUCUCAUUGCUCCACCGCCCGAAUCGAGCUACUUGAAUAUAGAGAUAUUAGGCUACGGCGAGGAAGGUGCGACUACGUACAAAUGUGCCUGUCCCAACCAGUUUUACUUAGCUAGAGAUAUGAAGACGUGUAUAGCAAAUUGCACUAAUGGCCAACAUAGAUGCAACGGUCGUGACGAGAAAUGUAUACCAUGGUUCUGGAAAUGUGACGGUGAAAAAGAUUGUAUGGAUGGCUCUGAUGAACCUGAAACUUGUCCUGUGAGGCACUGCAGAGCAGGAUCCUUCCAGUGUAAGAACACGAACUGCACGCCAGCCGCAACUAUUUGUGACGGCACAGACGACUGUGGGGAUGGCAGUGAUGAAGCAGAGUGCGCACAUGAGUGCCCACUUCUUGAAUUCAAGUGUAAAUCUAGUGGCAGAUGCAUUUUAGACAGCUGGAAAUGCGACGGAGACACAGACUGCAAGGAUAAUAGCGAUGAAGAUCCAGCAAUGUGUCACAACCGACCUUGUAACCCCGACACGGAAUUCUCUUGCAAGAACGGUCGUUGCAUACCGAAACUUUGGAUGUGCGACUUUGAUAAUGAUUGUGGAGAUGACUCCGAUGAACCUGCUUACAUGUGUCGACAGAGAAACUGCACUACAGGCUGGAGAAGAUGUCCCGGUCAAGCUAACUACAGAUGUAUACCGAAAUGGCUCUUCUGUGAUGGGAAGGAUGACUGUCGCGAUGGGUCUGACGAACUUCCAGAAAACUGUCCAACUUGCAACACUGAUACUGACUUCACUUGCGAGAAUAAACGUUGCAUACCCAGGCAAUGGCUUUGCGAUUUCACCGACGAUUGCGGUGAUGGUAGCGACGAGGCUGAAGCAAUUUGUCAGCACAACUACAGACAAUGUUCUGAAUCAGAAUUCAAGUGUGGUAACGGCAAGUGUAUCUCCUCGAGAUGGCGUUGUGAUCACGAGGACGAUUGUGGAGAUAACUCCGAUGAGAUGGAUUGCGGAGGUUUUCAGUGCAAAAAUGGAACGUUCCAAUGCAAAUCAGGCCACUGCAUAGCUGCUUACUUCCGUUGCGAUGGCGAUCGAGACUGCAGGGAUUUGUCAGACGAGAUUGGAUGUCCACCACGAUACCCAGGAAAUAGAUACUGUCCCGAGAGCAGAUUCCAGUGCGGCAACAAUUUAUGCGUUUCCCAAUCGGACUUGUGUGAUGGAACGGAUGAUUGCGGUGACGGGUCUGACGAAGCACCGGCGCUCUGCACUAAUUUCAAUUGCGACACUCUGCGCAGGUUUCACUGUGAUAACCACCGAUGCGUGCCUCGGUACCAAGUUUGUGAUGGCGUGGACAAUUGCGGUGACGGGUCGGAUGAGAACAACAUGACGCUGUGCUCAUCGCGCAUCAAACCGUGCGACCCUUACACGCAAUUCCAGUGCGCCAACCGGCAUUGCGUCGACCGCACGCAACUCUGUGACCUGGCCGAUGACUGCGGGGACGGCUCUGAUGAACUGGGUUGCCAUCAUACGCAUACUUGCUCUAAUGUUGACAAAGGCGGUUGCGAACACUUCUGUACGAACCUCACUUUAGCGGGCGGUGCGAUUGGCUCCGGUGGGUAUAUCUGCACGUGUUUCCAGGGAUGGAUUAUUUCACAAGCUGAUAAAAAGAAGUGUGUUGAUGUUGACGAGUGCGCAGCCGGUACGCAUCAUUGCUCGCAAAUUUGCGCGAACCUCAACGGAAGUUACAGCUGCAACUGCCGUGAUGGUUUCCAAUUGGCUGACAGUCUGUCCGGAGUCUGUAAAGUACUGAAGGACGACGUUAUUUUAAUGUUCGCCAACGGUCCCGAGAUUCGCGCUUUCGUCCAGGAUAAAAAUGAGGAGCUCGAUAUCAUCGCGUCCGAGAAGAGAAUCGAGGCCAUUGACUACGAUCCUAAGAAUGAGAUGGUGUUCUGGGCUGAUAGCUACGAUAAAACUAUCAAACGUUCGUAUAUGAUUAACGCCAAACAGGGUGAAGUCAAAAGUGGAUUCGCACAAGAUCUCAACAUGAAAGGAAACGCCAAACCCACAGCCUUAGCCGUCGAUUACGUUGGAGACAAUUUAUAUUGGACCGAGGUCGACAGGGCGGGGUCAAAACCUAGAGGGCGCGUGAUGGUAGCGAGAACGGACGGUAGGUAUCGACGAGCGCUGGUCAGCGCCGGCCUCGAGAGCCCGACUUCGUUGGUGCUCGACCCCCAAAUGGGUAAGAUGAUCUGGGCCGACGCCGGUUCCGCGCCGAAGAUCGAGAUGGCCUGGAUGGACGGUUCCAAGAGGCGGCCCGUCGUCAGGGAUUCCAUUCGGCAUCCGACAGGACUCGCUAUAGACAGCGCAAUGGACCACGCCAUCUAUUGGGUGGAUACGAAACUGAACACGAUCGAAACGAUGAAACACGACGGCUCCAAUCGCAAAGUGAUCUUGAAAGGCGACCUCCUGAAGCACCCGAUCUCGCUCGACGUGUUCGAGUCGUCCCUGUACUGGGUGACCCGCGACACGGGCGAGCUGGUGCGACAGGACAAGUUCGGCAGAGGCGUGCCGUUCGUUAUCUCCAAGGACCUAGUCAAUCCGUCGGCCGUGAAAGUGUACCACCCGCUGCGGUACAACGCGUCGCUGGCGGGGACCCGCGGCGCGUGCUCGCGCGCCGCCUGCAGCCACCUGUGCCUGCUGGUGCCGGCCGGGCACCGCUGCGCCUGCCCCGACCAGCAGCCGCCGCCCAAGCGCGUCAUGCACGAGCUGGCCUGCGACGCCGCCGUGGAGGCGGAGCGGGCGGCGCCGCGCGUGUGCCCCUGCGAGAACGGCGGGCGCUGCGCCGAGGCCGAGGACGGCUCGCUGGAGUGCGUGUGCCGGCCGCCGCUGCAGCCGCCCUUCUGCGCCGGCGCCGCGGGCACGGCCGCCGGCCGCACGGCCACCAGCGCCGCCGUGCUCGUGCCGGUGCUGCUGCUCGUCGUGCUGGCCCUGGGCGCGGCCGCGGCCUGGUUCGUCGUGCGGAAGCGGCCCUUCGGCAAGGGCGGCGCGCUGGGCAGCCUGGCGUCGUCGCAGAGCGUGUCGUUCCGGCAGGGCUCCAACGUGGAGUUCGGCGGCGUGGGCGGCGCGGGGCCGCCCGGCGAGCCCGCCUACACGCUGGAGGACACGGGCGGCCGCAAGGGCCGCGACUUCGCCAACCCCAUGUACGAGGCCGUGACGCGCGCGGCCGAGCCCGAGCCGGGCGUGUACGAGGUGCCCGACGAGCUGCGCGACAAGGUGGCGUCGGCCGUGCUGUCGCCGUCGGCCAGCGAGACGCGCGGCGCGGGCGGGCGGCGGCGCGCGCUGGACCCCGCGGCCGACUCCACGGCCGACACGGCGCAGCUGGUGCUGGAGGACAAGCUCUGCUAGCGCCGCCGCCGCGGGCCGCGCGCCCCGCUGCGCCCGGCCCGCCCGCCGCCGCUCCCCUUCUGCGUCUGCUGAACUUCCCCUUCGCCCUCUCUCCCUCUCUCCCUCUCUCCCUCUCUCCCUCUCUUCCUCUCCGCUGUUC